CCUUUUAUUCCCACCAUUCCUUGCGGCAAGCUCUCUGCACCGGUCAAGAUGGCGGACAGACCAGUUCCCAUAAUAGAGAAGCGCCUGAUGGAUGUGAAGCUGGGUGAGCUGGGGACUUGGCUGGGAGGUCGAGAUUUCACUCCCAACGGCUUCAUCUCAGCCAUCCGUCGAGGACAUGACAGAUACUACAACAAGUAUAUCAAUGUGAAGAAGGGAGGCAUUGGUGGUGUGGCUAUGCUGCUGUUUGGUUAUGUGGCCCUCAGCUAUGUUUGGGAAUACGACCACAUCAAACAUGAUCGCUGGAGGAAGUACCACUGAUGACUGCAGCCAUCAGACCAUCUGGGGCCACCUCUUAGCGGCCACCGCUCUUUCUACCUUGUUGUGAUUGUUGUGACCAAUAAAAUUAUAUAUAACUA